AUGGCAAUGGCAAUGGAAAAUGAUAAAACAUUAUGUGAUAUAUGCAAUGAAGAAAAAUUAACAUAUCUUUGUGAAGGAUGUUCAAAAAAAUUCUGUUCGAUGGAUUUAACAGAACAUCAUCAGAUGUUAACUAAUGAAUUACGACAAAUGGAUAUUGAUUAUGGUAAAUUUGAACAAAGAAUCAAUGAAAAAAGACAAAAUUCAACUAAAAGCACAAGAUUGUAAAAAAUUUGUUAUGGAAUAUUUA